GGUGAUAUUUCUAUAUUUCUCCUGAUUACCUUGUGACAUUUUUCUAUGUAAAUCGUCGGGUAAAAGUAACGCGGGUAAGUUGAUAUCAAGUGGUAAUGUGAUGCAAAAAUGUGUCACGUUGCAUGUUGACAUUGAGGACCACUGGUGGUCGGUAUAUAAGGAGAAAAGUCCCAAGUUCCUCUAUUAGAGUUCUCUUCAACACUCGCACUCCGAAAACCGGGACAUAAAAUGUUCAAACUUGCCGUAUUCGCCGUUUUAGUGGCCGUGGCAGUAGCCAGGCCGAGUCUAGUUCACGGACCUGCCAUCGCAGCAGCCCCCGCUGUUAUUGCCACACCCACAGUUGUUGGACAUUCGACUUCCGUUAGCCACCAAAGCAGUUCCGUAGUGCAUAGUGCUGCUGUCGCUGCUUCAGCCGUAGUUGCAGCCCCAGCUGUUGUCGCCGCCCCUGUAGUUGCUGUUGCUCCAGCUCAUGGUUUAGUACCAGCCCCCGCUCAAGCUUCUGCCGUUGCUUCAGCGAGUGUCGUUGGAUCCAGUGCUGUAGCUCAUAGUGCUGUCGUGGGAGCACCCGUUCUUGCUGCAGCACCCGCAGUUGUUGCUGUAGGUCAUGGACUUGGUCAUUAUUAGAUUAAUGAGAAAAAUGUUGUAAUUUUUAGAGUUUAUUCGGAUUUAUUGCUCUAAUUUUUUUGUUAUAAUUUUGAUGUAAGUAUGUGUAAAUAAAAAAUUGUAAUAAUAAA